UAAAUAUAAUAUUAAUUACUUUUUUGUGUGAUAUGUAAUUUUAAUAUUAAGACGUCAUAUCUCUCUCUUCACUUUCCUCUUCUCCGUCGUGAUUUGUCUUCCCUCCGCCGCGAUCUGCGCUUCUCCUUGAGUUGGACUUGACCUGAACAAUAGAAAGAGAUGAAUAAAGCGGGAGGCAGUGGAGGGGCAGGUGGCGGAGCAGGAGGUGUUGGAGGAAGCGGACCCACAGCGGCUGCUGCGGCUGCGGCGGCUCAAAAGCAGAAAGCGUUGAUGCAGAGAGUGGAAACGGACAUAGGCCACAUUGUCGACAAUUUCAGUCACUUAGUCAAUGUCUCUAGGGUCAACGAACCAACUGUCAGGAACACCCAAGAAGCUUUCAUGGCUGAAAUGCGGGCUGCAAGGAUGGUCAUGGCUGCCGAUUCUCUGCUCAAACUUGUUUCGGAGCUCAAGCAAACGGCUAUCUUCGCAGGCUUUGCUUCACUCAACGACCAUGUCGAUCAGAGAACUGCUGAGUUCAACCAGCAAGCUCAAAACACUGAUCGUUUGCUUGCUCGAAUUGGGGACGACGCUGCCGCUGCCCUCAAAGAACUCGAAUCACAUUACUACUCUUCUUCCCAAAGGUUCCUCGGCUUCUAGAACAGUAAUUAUGUAAAUAUAUUUAUAUUCAUAUUUCUCCAACCAUUAAUGGCUGUUAAGGAGGGAAGAAAUUUCCAGUAAACUAAGACAUGGCUAGGUUUUUUCUCUUCGCCUAAGUUAUGGGAAAAAGAUAUUCAGUAUCUCAUGUGUAUUAGUAUGCAAAAUUCCACUCUAAUUUUCAUUGUUGGUUCCAAGUUCA